UGCUCCUGCCUUGCCCUGUCCGGCCUGGCGGAGGCGCGCGGCUAUGGGAACCCGCGCGCCGUGACAGAAGACCCAGGCUGGCGCCGGACCCUCGACGGGAAUGUGCAAGCCCAGCCGGCCCACCAAUGGCUCUCGGGGACGAUGCGGUGGCGGUAGGCGCCGCCGCGAAGUGCGAGCCUCCUGAAUGCCUGCAGGGAGUCCUUGCAGCGGGCAUCUCGAGGGCUUGGGCGGCCAGCGCUGGCUGUGGUCUACCGAUGCUCUCGCCGCUGCCGCCACCCCCGCCAUGCCCUGAUCGGAGGAGUACCGAGCCCGGCCCGGCCGCCAGAGGAUCCCUCUUUAAGGCUGUCAUGCUUCUUGGCGUGCUUUUAGUCCUUUGCCAGCGGGUCCAGGCGGAGCGAGGUGCUGAGCAACAACGGAUAAAUGUUGCUCCCUCUUCAGAACCUUUUACUAACUGGAGAGCUGUAUUAUCACCAACAUGGCCUUCUAAAGAACUUGAGUCUUCCUCAGUGGGUGACAUUUCAAUGAGGCAAGCCUUGGAGAAUGCUAAUUUGCUUCAGAUAAUAAAAAGUACAUUAGCGGGAACUCGGACCAGAACUAUGGACCAAACUAGGCUUUUACCAACUCUCUAUCAAGGCAGUGGCAACAGUGCAUCACAGGAACCUUCUGAGGUAUCAACUGAAUCACCAACGAAGCCUCAGGAAGCUGAUGAAAUGACUAUUGUAUCAGUGUUACCGUCUGUGUCUCCUGGUGUAUUAUCAUCUCUAGCAACUUCAGAAGCAACACCAGUUACAGGAAAAUCAGCUCCAACAUCACCAAUGCUGACUUCAUCCUUGUUCUCACUGAGUACUGACAAUUCACCAUCUGUGAUGGCAUUAAGCACGUUAAAGUCAACAUUAGCAAAAAAUAACACUGUCACAAAAAUGGCACCAACUUUAAGCCCAGUAGUAAUACAUGCAAAUUUCCCAGUUGUAUCAAGGGAUGGUUCUGUAAUAUCUGAAUAUAUCACUAGUUCAUCCCCAAUUCAGAAAUUUAAUACAGCUUCAGUGCCCACAACACAUGCACCAAGACAAACUGAAACAUUACUUGACACCAAGAAAUCCACAAGCCCAGACAUCAGUAAAACAUCAACUGCAUACCCAUUAACAAUGACAGCAGCUUUGACAUCUAUUACAGCAUCAGCGAAAACAGCUAGACUUCUCCCUACAUCUGCUGAAAAUGCUUCUGUUGCUGCUACUGAAUCAGCUUUUGUUAAUGUGACAACAGUUCUCCCUCUGGAAUGCCAGCUGUCCAGAAAUCUGCUUGUUAAGACAGUAUUGUUUCUGAAUACAAGAAGACUGCUGCUGAGUGGCUCCUUGAAACAAAAUGUCACUAAAGGUCUCACCCUGGCAUUGCGUCAAGCUUUCAAUCAAAAUGUCAAUGCACAAAUAGAAAUUCUGGAACAAUCAAACAAUGUGACAGUUGGUUACUAUGUUACUCAGGACAGACUCGUUUUCAUACCUGCUGUGGUUAUUGAAAUGCUAAUUGCUUAUGGUGUUACUAAUGCCACUUUAGAUAUUAGGAAACAUGUGCCAAAUCUUCAUUCUGUUGCUGUCUUAGCCUUGCCAUGGAACCCAUUGCCAGCAUAUCAUUUUCAGCUGAAAACAGAAUUACAGUUUGUGGAUGAAUCAGACAACGUACAGUCAUGCAGAUUUGUUCAGACAAUGGAACAAAGAUUGCAGAGGGCAUUUCAAGAUGCUGAGAGGAAGGUCUUGAAUACCACUAGCAAAUUAAAUAUUCAGAUCCUGAACACAUCAAAUGUGUCUCAGGCUGUCACUCUGUUUUAUGUGGUGAGAAAUGAAAGUACAGUCUUAAAUGGCACAGUUUCAAGCAACCUUCUUAAUCAGCUUUCAGCAGAACUAGUGGGAUUCUAUCUUACUUUCCCACCGCUAACUAUUGCUGAAGCCUUGGAAUAUCCAAAUCUCGAUACUUCAGAAGCAACUAGAGAUUUCUGGGUGAUUACAGUUUUACUGGGAGUUGACAUUACAUUGCUGGGGGUGAAUAACCAAAGUUUUGCAAGACUCAUGGAGCAACGUUUAGCACCACUGUUCAUGAUGUCUCAUCAACAAGAAAGACGAUUUAAACGAGCCACUACUAUUGGCAGCUUUACUGUACAGAUGGUAAAAAUGCAGCGAAUUCCAGGUCCCCGUGAGCCUGCUGAAUUGACUUACUAUACUUUAUACAAUGGGAAACCUUUGUUGGGCACAAUAGCUGCUAAACGUUUGACUACGGUUGAUUCACAAAGGAUGGCCUUGACCCUAGGAUAUGUUGUUCAAGUACAAGCUGAUCAACUAGUUCCAGGAUUACCCUAUUUUACUUCUGCACACACAGCUACUAAUCCUGGUCCAACCCCGGUUCAAGGUUUUGACUACGCCAAGCAACAUUUAGGCCAACAAGGGACUGAGGAUGAUGUUUUGCCUGUUACCCAAGAGACUGUAGUUUUGCCUGUUCCGGUGAGAGAUGCCCCUGCAUCCCAGGAAAGGGAAAUCGUUCAGGAUGGGAGCACAGCAAAAACUGCCAAGUCCAAUGACACAAGAAAGAGCCGGUCGCUGAGUGAAAAUGGUUCUGUCAUCAGCAACGAAUCAGGAAAGCACAAUUCAGGCCGAGGCUCUCCACAGAAAGUUACAGCACAGCAGAAAGUGACAAAAGAGGAAGGAAGAAAAAGAAAUGUGCCUUUAAGUGAUGAAGAGGAUGGAAGCAUGCUGUUUGACAAUGUGGCUAAAUCUGCCAUUGAUCCGUUUGACACAUCUUCUGGAUCUGUACAGUUGAUUGCAAUAAAGCCUGUAGCUUUGCCUCCUGCACAGCCAGGAACAGAGAGGACCCAAGAUACAGCUAUUCUUAACGGGGAGAUUAACAAAGCCUUGAAACAGAAGUCUGAUAUAGAACACUAUCGCAACAAAUUGCGAUUGAAAGCCAAGCGGAAAGGCUAUUAUGAUUUCCCACAAAUUGACAACAAGGGCUUGGCAGAUAGAAAAAAGAUGUAUGAAAAAACACAAAAUGAAAUAGACAAUAUUCUGGAUCCUGAUACAGAUGGAUCCUCUCCAUUUGUAGAGCCCAAAAACAGGCAGCAAACAAAGACCUCAGUUUACCGAAGCAGACAAUCUUUGAACAGUCCUAGUCCAGGAGAAACUGAAAUGGAUCUUCUAGUUACACGUGAAAGACAGAGACGUGGUAUCCGCAAUAGUGGAUAUGAUACUGAGCCUGAAAUGAUAGAAGAAACAAAUAUUGACCGUGUCAAUGAAUCUCGAAAUUAUACCAGAGCCCAUCAAGCAAAAGGUCAUUCAGAGACUUCAACUCUGAGUUCUCAGCCAUCUAUUGAUGAAGUUAGGCAACAGAUGCACAUGUUACUAGAGGAAGCCUUUAGUUUGGCUUCAGCAGGUCAUGGAGGACAGAACAGGCAACAAGACACUUACAAUUCUGGACAGAAUUUGCCAUAUUCUGAAGUUGUGACCAGUGCUCCUGGUACCAUGUCUCGGCCUAGAGGUGGAAUACAGUGGGUGCCAACAUAUAGACCAGAAGUGUAUCAGUACAGUUUACCACGACCUGCAUACAGGUUUUCUCCACUCCCUGAAAUGGUGAUGGGUUCUCCACCUCCUCCUGUGCCUCCCAGAACAGGACCUGUUGCUAUAACUUCUCUUAGGAGGUCAACUUCUGAUAUUGGCAGCAAGACAAGAGUAUCAGAGUCCAGUGGGACUGAACAGAUACAGCCACAUGAUCAUGUCCCUUUUGUCCCAGUAUCAAAAGCCCCAGUAACUGUGGCUCCAUUGGAUCAAUCAGCUUUGAAUUACUCAGGAAAUACAGUUCCAGCAGUGUUUGCCAUCCCAGCAGCAAACCGACCUGGGUUCACAGGUUAUUUCUUCCCUGCAACACCUGCAGCAUACAGAAAUCAGGCUUGGAUGUCUUAUGCUGGAGACUAUGAUAUCCCAGGACAAUGGGAUGACUCGGUUCCACACCCUGGCUACCUAGAAGCAUAUUCACAUCCACCCUAUGAGCACAACUGUCUUUCGAUGCUUCAUCCUCAGUAUGGUGAAUCAGCAGAUUUGUAUCCAAGUCUGGAAGAAGCUCUGCACUCUGCUACAGUUGGAUCUCAUCAAAGCAUAAUAGAAAAUGAUGCUUCAAUCAACCCUGUCCACAAUCUUUCUACAACUGCCUUGGUGAAGGCAAUAAGAGAAGAAGUAGCAAAGUUAGCCAAGAAGCAGACAGAAAUGUUUGAAUUUCAGGUUUGAUGGGUUUCUGCUCUGUAGGUUUUCAUCAUUAGGAAACCUAUAGCUUUUAAAUUAAAUGCCCUGUUUUUCCCAAUUCUGAUAAAGUCAAUAUUGGACCUUUUAAAGUGAUAGCCACUAUAACAUCAAUUCCAUGCCUGUUACAAUAACUAUUCCCUGGCAUUCUGCGUGAAACAUUGAUAUAUUAUAAGCAAGUGUUCAUCACAUGUAUCUUGUUUGAUGACAUUUCUACCACUGUAAACAUUUGUUAAACCAAAUGCCUGCUUUCUAUUCCAUAUACAAAGUGCUGGGGAAGCACAAAUAUAGACCUCUCUGUAGCAACAUCUGCAUGUAAAAAGUAAGUUUUAUCUUUCUGGAUCAAGAGGAAACUAAUACUGUGAUAAUUAAAUGGCAUGUAUUCUUUAAUUAGUGGUCAAGUAAGUUACAUUUUGGAACACAGUAUAAAGACUGAGUAUAACAAAGCAAUAGAGCUCAGCUUUUCCUAGAAACCACGUUUUGGACCACAAGAAUUUGAUACAUAUGAACUUCAGAGUGCUUUCUUAAUGUCCUCAAAGCCUUGAUCAUUGUUUAUAAUCCAAAAACCAAGGGAGGGGGGAAAGAGCUGGUAAGAAGUAUACUAGUAUAAUUAGUGUCUAAAGUGCUGAUAUAAUGUUACCUUUGAAAGUUUUCAAUAGUGUCUCUGUUGACUGUAAAAAGGAAAAGAAACUUGACCAAAAAUACAGGUGUUAAAAGCUCUUGGAAUCUUCCAGUGAAACCAAAUUCUCUACGUCUACUAUAUUCAAAAAGAAUUUCAUAUUGAACAAAGUGAAAAUGGUGAAUCUGAGAACCUUGAGUCUCGAGUUCUCAAAUGAGAACUCAAGUUGGGAAUAAUGAAUGUACUUUUAAAAAAACCCUCUGCUUAAGACAAAGCUCUAUUCUUUUUUCUUGAGUAAAUAAUGACACGGCUAUGCAAAACAUGUGAAGAAAACCCAUGAUCAGAGUUUUGGCCAUGUAGUCACUGGGCAGGAAAUGAGCAUGGCUCAAGAGAAUGUUACUUUUAUAGCCUGACAUCAAUAUUAAGGUUGUGAAUAAUCAAACUAGUUGGUUACUUGAAUAAAAUAAUACGCUGUAAAUAUGUUGCUGAAGUAUUUCAACAAAUUGUUCUGUUGAAAUUGUUGAUAUUGAAAAUGAUUUUGUCAAAUCUAGAAUUAUAUAUUUUGAAGGAUAAAUGUAAUUCACUGUUUUAUUGCAGUAUGAUGAAAAUAACAUGUGGAAUGAAAGUUGAAUGCAAAUAUGCUGAUUCAUUUAGGAUAGCUUCAAAAAUGGCAGACUGUUAAGAGAAAAAUAUUCAUUUAUAAUGCAAUCUUUAGAAGAGCUAAGAUUGUUUAUGGGUUAACAAGUUGGAUGAAUGGAUUUUUUGUUGGAAUAAAAAAUAC